UUUUUUCCUGUAACGCCAACAACUGAUUCCAGCCACGCUUUCUUAGAAAAAUCUCUCUCUCUCUCUCUCUCUCUCUCUCUCUCUCUCUCCUCUUUCAAAUCUCCCAUUUCCAAGAUUUUCCAGAUAUUCCCAGUAUCUUCUUCAGCUGCCUCUUCUUCUUCUUUUCCUUCUUUCCUUCUGUAAAAUUCUCAGAAAAAUCUGACUAGAGCAGAGAGAGAGAGAGAGGCCAUGUGUGUGCAGGACGGAGAACAGGGGAUGGAUGAUGGAAUGGAGAAAUUGAGUCGAUGUGAGCCUUUCCAUUCAGAAUUCAUGAACCCCCAGAUCGAAGACUGGGAGAAGGAUUUGGCGAAUGGCCUGAACGAUUGUCCGUCUGGCAAUCUGUGUCCUCUAGAAAGCAUUUGUGAGAACACAGCUGUCAUGGACAGCAAGCAAAACCAGCCUUCAAACUUUUCUCCUAUCAUUCGCUCGGGGGAGUGGUCUGAUAUUGGGAGCCGUACAUCUAUGGAAGACACUCAUGUCUGCAUUGCCAACCUAGCUAAGAAAUUUGGUUAUAACUUCCUGGAUGAUGAAGCUGUUUCAUUCUAUGGAGUAUUUGAUGGGCAUGGAGGAAAGGGUGCUGCACAUUUUGUCCGUGAGAAUUUGCCAAGGGUCAUAGUGGAAGAUUCUGCUUUCCCUCUUGAACUCGAGAAAGUGGUCACAAGGUCAUUUAUGCUGACGGAUACAAAGACGUGCUCUCUUCAGUCUGAUCUGUGUUCCGGCACAACAGUACUGACUGCGAUGAUAUUCGGAAGAUCUCUAUUAGUAGCAAAUGCUGGCGACUGCAGAGCAGUGCUGUCUCGACUUGGGGUAGCUAUAGAGAUGUCAAAGGAUCACAGACCCAGCUGUAACAGGGAGCGGAAUCGCAUCGAAUCACUCGGUGGAUUCAUUGACGAUGGCUACUUGAAUGGGCAGCUUGGUGUGACUCGAGCUCUAGGUGACUGGCACAUCGAAGGGAUGAAGUCUGUCGGUGAGUUUGGCGGGCCAUUGAGUGCCGAACCAGAACUCAAGAUGAUUACAUUAUCAAAAGAGGACGAGUUCCUGAUAAUCGGCAGUGAUGGGAUAUGGGAUGUAUUCACAAGCCAAAAUGCUGUGGACUUUGCCCGUAGGAGACUCCAAGAACACAACGAUGUAAAGACAUGCUGCAAGGAAUUGGUCGACGAGGCAAAAAAGCGUGGGUCCAUCGACAAUCUGACAAUCGUGAUGGUAUCCUUUCACUCAGAACCCCCUCCCCACGUAGUAGUGCAUAGAGCUAGAGUAAGGAGGAGCAUAUCAGCUGAGGGGCUUCAUAGUCUCAAGUGUCUUUUAGAAGGGCAGUAAUGAGUAGCUGACCAAUUGUGCCUACCUGAUUACUUCUUGCUUGUACGUAAUUUAUAUGACUAUCAGUACAUUGUUCUUAUCUGAUCUUUCACUUUCUUAGAUCUGUCGAGGGUAGCUAAUUGUACCCUAAGAAAGGGGAGAUUUGGAUGCUUCAUCCCAUCUUGAUUUGCUGAGAUGGGUGCUCAUCAUAAGUCGUAUAUUGUUGACAUUUUUAUA